AUGCAAGUUAGUUACAAAGCAGCAGAAGGAUUCUUUCUUCUCGUGCCAGUUUUGCUGUCUUAUGCGUUUAAGGGUAAAUUAAACGAGAUCAUCACGGCCCACGUGCUCUAUUUUAGAAUAGCGUGCGUUAUCUCCAUUCUCAUAGAUCUAGCCAUCUCCUACAGAAUAAAAAGCAGAAUAGAGCUCCACAACGUGAAGACAAAGAUCAAGUUUUCUUCAGAUGACUACAUCGUGAUUCCAAAAACCGUUGCAAGAGACGAGCAGAAGAGCGAAAACGGAAAGGCACAGGAAGAGCAGGAGUUGGAAGAGCCAGAGGUUGAGAUGACUGUUCAUGACUACGACAUGAAAGUUAUCACUUCGCACAUAUCUCGCGUGCUUUCCAAUGCCGCAAUACACCUCUCUCUGCACAUUUUCAUGAAGAACACACAGCCGCUGCUGAUGCUUAUAAUAAGCCCGCUCAAGCAUCUUAUUGUGUUCCCUCCGUACAUUGAGUAUGUCAUGGGAUCGUCUAUGCUGAGGCCGUUCUCCAGGAACCUGAUCUUCGGAGCAGAGAAGAGACAUGUAUCAAAGAGCACUGCAGCAGCAGAGGCCGCAGUAAGCGAGAUACCAGAGAAAGAGCUGAAGGUUAAGAAGGAGGAAUAG